CCAACCAUGUCGCCCGUGCAGGAGAAUACCGGCCGUAGGAGUCAGAGAUGUCAAAAAGCAUGUUCCCGAUGUCGCGACAUGAAGGUUCGCUGCUCCGGCACGUACCCGUGUGCCCGCUGUCAACGGAAGCGCAAGACGUGCGACUUUCAGUCUACUGAAAGCCGUGUUUCCAUCUCGCGGAGUUAUUUACGGUCGUUGGAGAGCAGAGCAGGAGACGACCAAUCUCCUAGACCUCGGCCCGACGCCGAUCUCGCCUCACGCGAUCAGGGAGCAACACCGGAUGAAGCAAAUCUGGGGCAAGAUGACGACUGCAGCACUCAGAGUGGGCUAGCGACGUAUGGUCCCACCAGUGCACGAGCUGGAACCUUGCCAUCAGCGAGAUUACCCUCGCUACAGCCUGAGAGGAGUGGGAUUCCUACUCCCGCUACCGACUCAUCUAAUGCAGAGUUUAACACGAACCCUCUUAUUGGUGGCGAUGAAACGUUCGCAGUUGGUUCAGAUGGCAAGUUUUGGUUCCUGGGACCGACCUCGUCUUGGUCAUUCUGUCGACGCGUCCUCUCCUUGAUCGCCAGUCGUCUCCCCGAACAUCAUGUACCCCCAGAUCCCUGGACGCUCGCGCAAUUUGAUCUGAACUGGACUCCUCUCGGCGCGGACGAGUCGCCCGCCAUCAACGACCUACCAGCACAAGAUUAUGCGACCUUCCUUGCUCACACAGUCAAGUACCACUUGGGCACUCUAUCGCCUAUCCUCGACGACCAAGUCUUCUUUGUGCGGAUAAAUGACCUUUACAGUGACCCGGCUGCCGAGGUCCAGCGCUCAAGACUUUGGUACGCGCAGUUUCUGCUCGUUUUAGCUUUCGGAGAAGCCAUUGUGAACUCCAAAGGAGCUUCAGCUACCCCAGGAACCCAGUAUGCAUCGCGAGCCAUGUCGUUGAUUCCCAACUUUUUCCGUGUCAACAAGAACUCGAUACUCGCUGUGGAGACACUGUGCCUGGCAGCGCUGUAUCUCCAGUCAUUAGACCUGAGAUUGGAGGCAUUUCAGACAAUCGGCCAGGCUCUUCGAAUCUGCACCCUCGAAGGCUUUCACAGACAUGCAUCUCCAGCCGAGGUAGGACCAACACAUUCCCGACGCUGCAACACCAUGUUCUGGGCCACCUAUAUCCUUGAUCGACACUUUUCGACCCUAGUAGGAGCACCGAGCUCCAUACGUGACGAGGACAUCACUGCAAAGCUUCCAUCGGAGACAGUGAACUCUUCCUGGGCUCUCGCAAUGACACUCAACAUUCGCCUUUCACGCCUGACAGCUGAGAUUCUAGCGGGCGUAUAUGGGACAGAUGCACAAGUCAGCGAUACUCUGGUGAAAAAGACACAGUCGAUGUUGCACAGCACUGCAAACUUGUCGAGCGAACUCAACCGAUACCUGCAGACAAAUGUCCACGGCACCACCAUCAAGUCGUCGUCAAGAAUUGCGACGCGUCUGCUAUUAUCCUAUCAUCAUUGCAUUGUGUUGGCAACCCGUCCUCUAGUUAUGUGUGUCCUACAGAAACAUCUUGCCCAGGGCGUUGCAGAUGAGCCCAUACCCGAGGGACCAGUCAGCUCUCUACUACAGACGUGUGUGGACUCUGCAUCAACCAUUCUCGCCACUCUUAAGAACUUGCGUGAUGCGGAUCAGCUUGAUUGCUUCAUCCCAUUUCAGCUCGAGGAGGCCUUCUCAUCCGCGUUCAUCCUCCACGUCAUCGCUUCAGUCGUCCCUUCCUGGCUACAAGAUCGACCCUGUCUACCUGUGGCGCACCUGGUACUCAACAAGAUGAUAGCAGGAGGUAGCCAUGGGGCGCGGAUCCGCAAGAUGGAGCUGCAGCGACUAGAGAGGAUAUUCUUCUCGUAUCUGCGGGUCAAGGCUGGCGAAGCAAAUAACCAAGCGUCACAGUCUGAAGAGGCGCCAAGACUGUUUGAUAUGUCGAGAGUCGUGCCGCAGGAUGAUGACUCGGCCAUGAUGCAAGACUAUUCCCCUGCUGACGAUAUGGCGGCAUGGAACCUGUUGGACCUGCAGGACUCUUUUACGGUGUCUCCAUCUGGGUUAUUGACUCUGGCUGAGGGACUGGACUUGCAGAACUUUGUAUGA